CUCACCUCGACUGGGCGGUAUGGCGGCCAGGCACUUAGUGGGUACCUGGUCGAAGCGACAUGGGCACCGGUCCUAAGAGAUAGAGAGAGCCUGCCCACCAAAUGGGCGACAGAUAUCGGGGUUUUAGUGGGUAUUCAGGAUGGGUUCUGCGAGUCCCACACUUUUAGUGCGUAA